CUUCACACCAUAACCCAUUCUUCCUUCUCUCUCUAGGUUUUAUCUCUCUAAACCCUCCCCCUCCCAAAAGCCUAGGAAAUAGUGGUCUGUUGGUUGCGGCAAAGUCUGAUCUGCCAUCAGAAAACAUUUCUUAGGUUUUUUUCUCAAAACCCGCCGAGCCGAAGCUCUGUCCGAAUUGCGCCGAAAAAAUGGCCGAUUGGUGGCAAGGAGAAGGAGUUUUUGUUGAUGAUUUUCAAGCGGCUGCGGAGGACGUGGAUAUUUACAACCAACGGUAUUAUCUCGAGCAAGGACCGUUGGAUCCAACCGACUUGUACGACCAACCCAACCUUCGGUCAAGGGAUGUUUGGAACGCUCACCCGGAGGCACAAACAAUAAUCCGCUACAGGGGUACGACCAAUGUGCUCCCAUUCCACCCAGCUAUCUUGCCCUUUCUCAAAAGGGCACGAUUGGACUCGAUUAGGCAUUUUAACGGCAUCAAAGUUGAUCGCCAACUCAUCACCGCCCUAGUUGAGAGAUGGAGAAGGGAGACCCAUUGCUUCAACUUUAGAGAAGGAGAGGCCACCAUCACACUAAAGGAUGUCGCCAUCCUAACCCAUCUCCCCAUCGACGGCAAACCGGUGUGCGUGAGUGAUCAUCCCCCCGACGAUGUCGACGGUAUGCCCGGUUGGGUUCAUUUCAUCUAUAGUGUUUUGGGAGUAAAAGUACCAGUGAAGGGGUGCGUUGAUGCGACCGAUCGCAUGCCACCAAUGAGGAAGCACCAAGUGUCAAUUACUUGGUUGACGAAGUACUUUAGAGAGCAUUACGAGAGUCAUCCCCUAACCGAGGAAAGUUCGGAGGAUGAGAAGGAGAGAUAUGCUCGGGUCUAUCUCAUUGGCAUGAUCGGAGGAGUGUUCUUCUCCAAAAAAGCAAGCAAUCUCCUUAGUUGUGGAUGGCUUAGGAUCAUCCUCGGUAGUUGGGAGGAGAUGGGGGCGUAUAGUUGGGCAUCCGCUUGCCUAGCUAAUAUCUACCACAACUUGUGCAAUGCCUCUCUAAAAGCUGUGAGGGAGGUCGGCGGCGCAAUGUUCAUCGUCCAAUUUUGGGCUUGGGAGCACCGAGAUUGGCCUUCCAUGGUCGAGAUGGGCGGCAAGGUACUCGAGAUUGGCCCUUGAAGCUGGAGAAAUUCAUCACCAUGUGGGCGAACCGACAAGGGCAAGAUAUUGUCACUCCAUCAGCAGUGGGUCGAAUGGGGUAUCAUGACCCAUACUUGGAUCGAUAUCGGCAAACAUCGGUCCGUUACAUGACUCCGGAGGGUGCUGCCGAUGGUGCAUUAGUUAGUAUAUUCCACUCUACCCAAUUAAAUGUAUUGUUUUGGUUCCUAAAUUGUUUCCUAACUUAUUGUUUUGUGAUUUAGGCUGACGGGAUUGAGCGGAUUAAGGACAUUACCACAGGGAGAAUGGAGCUGGGAAAUGAAGAUGUGAGCUUCAU